UCUCCUCCUCUUAUCUGCUUAUCUCCUCAGAAGCCCGGCCCAUGGCUUAUGCAGUUGUAGCUUGAGAAUGGAAGUUGAUACCACAAGUCCAGAGAAGAAUUCCGAUCAGGUACCUGCAGCAGUAGGCAUCUCAUCAGAUCCAUACGGCCCUACUCCAACCCCAACCCAGCAGCAGGUAAGGUCUUACGAGUGUACCUUUUGCAAGAGGGGUUUCUCUAAUGCACAAGCUCUUGGAGGUCAUAUGAACAUCCAUCGAAGAGAUAGGGCAAAGCUCAAAGAACCCUCAAGUCCCAUCACCAAGAAGGAUCCCAUCACUUCUCCUCCUCUUUUUUCGGCGGCGGUUUCGAUUGAACCCCCCAGUUUCUUAGAAUUGGAGUCUAGUGAAGACAAGGCAGCUUCUACCCUAAGGCAGCCAUGGCCGAUAACCGGAGAAUUCCGACAGCUCCAGUUGUUUUCUGAGAGACCCUCAAGCUGUUACUACAAAUCAGGAAGUGAUGAGAAGGAGACACAGGUGAUUACUGAUCAUAGUUCUUAUUCUUCUUCUUCGGCUGAUAAGGAAUUGGACCUGGAGCUUCGAUUGGGCCAUGAUUCCUGA